AUGAGGAGCACUCGAAGGUGCCUCAUGAUCUGUUGCCUCGUGGCGGCUGUCAUCAUUAUUCUCCUCGUUGUGACUUUUGUGAUCUUAUACUUCACCAUGUUCAAACCAAAGCAACCAGAAGUUGUGGCGAAGCCGGUGUAUCUCAGAAACAUGGAAUUCGGACUCCUCCCCGUUCCGACGCUAAACGUAUCUCUAGGUUUAGAUGUCUUCGUCAAGAACCAGAACCGUGCAGGCUUCAAGUAUGAUAACACGACGACUUCCAUCUACUACCGAGGGGUGUUGGUUGGGGUGGCAUCAAUCGAGGCAGGCACCAUCGAUGCCCGAGCAACAGAUGUUAUACCCACAGUGGCGGAUCUUCAGGCCGGGAAGAUCAUCUUGAACCCCUCUUUCUUGCCAGAUGUUGUUUCAGGAUCCUUAAAUUUUACGUCCUCGUCGAACCUGGAGGGGGACGUGAUCCUUCUCGACAUCUUCAAGUUGCACGCAUCGACUCGGGUCUCAUGCGAUAUUAGCGUUUUUCUUAUGACGAGUAGCAUCAGCUCUACCUGCCAUUCGAAAGUUAAAAUUUGA